AUGAAAUUAAAUAAUCCGAAUAAAGAGAAUUACGAUCCAGUCAGAAGAACUUUUUCAAAUUCAGGAGAUGGUCACUUACGUCAAAGGGUGAUUAAAAAUACACUAAAUCCUUCGCGAAAAUAUGGUCGAACCCCGUUAACUGAAAUUUGCACAAACAUUUUAGAAGAAACUUUAGAAGUUGAG